CAAGAGCCGCCCGGCGUUCGACUCGGCCUUCAGUCGCAUCCAACAGCCCCAAUUGAACAGGCGCCAAAAGUAGCAGCAGCAACAUCACUAGCAAGAUGGCAAACCAACUAGUCGGCACGAUACCGGAGUUUACGGUCGAACUGGACGACUGGAACGUGUACUACGAGCGGUUGGAGCAGUUUUUCGAGGUGAACGAAAUCGCACCAGAGAAACGGAGUGCAUUUCUGAUCAGCUGCAUCGGUAGCCAGGCAUACAAGAGUCUGCGUGACCUGUGCCACCCAGCCCUGCCCAAGGAUCGGCCGUUCGAGGAGUUGUGUGAGUUGCUGCGGAAACAGUUCAGUCCCCAGGUGGCCAUUUUCCGCGAGCGGACACACUUUUACAACGCAACGCAGUCCGUCGGCGAGAACGUCACGCAGUGGUACGGGCGGUUGAAGAAGUUGUCGGUGGACUGCAAGUUCGGUUCGAAUCUCGAAGCCGUUCUGUUGGACAAGUUCAUCACGGGACUGAGGCCGGGACAGGUGUUGGAUCGGCUGUGUGAGGAGAACGAGACGCUGCGGCUGGAACAGGCACUCGACAUUGCCAUCAACAAGGAGUGUGCGGUGAAGGAGAGUGCCUAUCUGGCGCCACCAACGGCUCCCCAUUAUGGUGCCGGUGGAAUGCCGUUGGCCUGUGGACAAUGUAUCUGUGGUGGUGGUGCUAGGGGAGCACCCAGCGAGGAUGGUUCGUACUGUGGUGAACAGGCAGCCACAGCACCGGCACGAAGCAAAGGUCGACCGAGAAAUCGACGCCGAAACCGAGGCGGUGGAAACGCGGACGAUCAUUCCCGGGCCGGGGAUUAGCGGGCAGGUUCGCGGGUGUUCUUGUAAGGCGUUCAAGGGCGCCAGACUUAGGAUUAGGAGAGGUGGGGCUGUGCAGGAUGUGCCAGGGAUAAAUAAUGAAUAUCCUUCGGCAAACACUCUAGGGUAUAACGCGAUGAGGAGGAGUAUUUAUAAUUAAUAACAAAUAAUAAUAAAAGAAAACAUCUGCAGUAUUUUAGUACGCACACAGAAACGUAAA